CUGACCAGGGAUCAAACCUGAAUCUCCUGUAUUGGCAGGCAGAUUCUUUACCACUGAGCCACGUGGGAAGCUUAGCAAGAAUUAAAGUGGUGCUUGAGAAAUAAUGGCACCCACCUGAGGCUUUCUCCUUCGUGUAAUAAAAUGGAUUAGGACAGAAUUGGACUGGGAAUAACAAUCUUUACAUGGCUAAAUUCCUAUCAGUCAGCACCUGCGGAGUGCAGAGUACCACAGAUAGCCUAAAGCUGUAAAGCUUCAGCUCAUCCUGUGAUGAAGGCUCUCUCUCUUUCUUCAGGAAACCCAUCCUGAUGUGCCCCCUUUACAAGCCGGUCUUGUCCUGCUGUAAGGCUUGUCAUGUUUUAUCGUAAUGGCAUAUUGGCUUCGACCAGGUCUAUCUGACUCACUCCACUAUCCAGGUACCCCCCACAGGGCCUGGAGCACAGGUGGUGAAUGAACAGAUGAAUGAAUAAUUAAUGAAUAAGUAGGUUGAGCUCCUCGACUUUGAUCCUACUGGACUGCUUCCAGCCAUGUCUUUCCUUUCUCUUCCUCCUGUCAAACUCAGCAUGCUCCAUCCUCCAAGGCCCUGCUGAGGGCUCUGCUUCCCCAGGAGGCUUUGUUCAACCACCCUCAGCAAUCCUGCCUCUUAAUAGUCCAUCCCUGGCAGCGCCUAUGCCCCGGGGAAGUUCAGUUCCAGAGUCCAGUGUGUUCCCCACAUGUCCAGAAGGCGAGAAGAAGGGGGUGAUGCCGCAGGUGCUCAAUAACCACCACAGAGUGACUCCACACGGUGCCUCCUUCAAGGAUGCAGCUGUCUCGGCAGCUCUAAGAGUUCCCCAUUGCUGCUGUAACAAUCUGACCACAAGCUCAGUGACGUCCAACAACACAAGCUGACUAUCUUAACAAGUCCAGAAGUCAGAAAUGGGAUUCAUGGCUGAGUUCCAUCGUGGAGGCUAUAGGAGAAAAUCCAUUCCAUUGCCUUUUUCACCUUCUAGAAGCAGCCUGCAUUUCCCAGCUCUUGGCCAGCUCCCAUCCUCAAAGCCAACAACGGCUGGUCCAGUCUCUCCCACCCCGCACCACUCUGACAGUCUCCCUCUUCUGCUUCCAUCUUUCACCCUUGUGAUUGCAUUGGGCUCACCCAGAUAACCCAGAAUAAUCUCCCCGUCUCCAGAUCCUUAACUUUAUCACAUCUGCACAGUUCCCUUCCCCAUGUAAGGCAACGUAUUUAUAGGUUCUGAGGAUUAGGACGUGGGCAUCCUCAAAAGAGACCAUUAUUCUGGCUACUACAACAGCUAUCCCCUGGUAGGCAGAGGACACUGCGGGUGGUGGUAUAUUAACAGUAGCUGACAUUUACUGAGCAUUUAAGCUUGGCCCAGAACUGUUCAGAGCACAUUACCCAAUAUUCUGGGAGGAAGGUGCCAUUCUUAUUCACCUCACUUCAUGGAUGACGCCCUAAGAGGUUAAAUAACUUGGCAAGAGGCUGAGCUGGGGUUUGAACCCAGGCUGUCUGGCUCCAGGGAGCAUCUCCUCAUUUUGAGGCUACCUUCUCUGGCACCAUGAUCAACCCAGGAUACAAGUCGACAGCCUGGGAGCAGCCCAGGCAAAGUCUGAAGCCCAACACUGAGGGAGAAUUUUCACCAAGAUUUUCUGGGUGAGACACCACAUAGACUAUACAUACUUUGCCAGUUCCCUCUCAUUUCAGCCCUUUCUCCCCAACCUAACACUCACCCCCGAUCAGAGGCACCUAAGCUUAUCUGGGGAAGUUGAAGCAUGUUCCCUAAGGGUUCCUUUUAGGGGCUGCAGACACUAACUCUGGAAGAGUUUGGGAACCUGAACCAGAGGGGCACACAUAAGCCUUCUGCAGGCAUUGGAUAAGAGGGUGUCCUAACAUUUAUUGAGCACCCACUAAAGGUAGGCAUGGUUGUAAAGGAUUUUUUUUCUUAUUAACUCAUUUAAUACAACAACUCUGUGAGGUACUGUUACUAUCCCCAUUUCACAGAUGAGGAAACCAAGGCACAGAGAGGUCAUGUAAGUUUCUGAGGUCACACAGCCAGUGUGGAGAGCCAGGAUUUUACCCACUCUCCACGAGCAAGAAGCUGAUCAACCCCAGCCUGCCCUGUCUCACCCCAUUUCAGUCAGCCAAGUCCUCUUUCGUGCCUUCUCAGCAUAAUCUGCUCCCUUUGCACCUGUGAGGCUGGGGUCCCACUUUCUAGGUCAACCAGAUUUCUUGAGAGCACCGUUAUAUUUCAUUCUUACACCAACCUUCAUUAUUAACCCCAUUUUAAAGAAGAAACUGAGCCUCUGGGCUCAGACUUGCCAGAGCUGUAACAACCAGAGCACAACAGAUUUGGGAUUUGAACCCAGACAUUUAGAUGCUCCCAACUCAGCCUGAGCAAGCCCAGCCUGCAGGCCCCCUCCAGGAGUCCACGGCCUCGCCGGGAGGGUGACGCGGGUUCCCCACCUCUCCAGAUGUGUGUGCUGAUGCUUCAACUGGACUUGAGCUCAGAUUUUCCUGCCUUCGGGUGUCCAGGGGCUUAAUGCAUCACCAGUGAGGCCAAGCCUUCACCGCAGCUUGAACCACAUCCUAGAAACGAGAUGGCCGUAGACAGACUGGCGUAUUCCUGAGUGUAUGGGGGGUGAGGCCCCAGCAGGCCCAAAGAUGGGGAACAUCACGGCAGACAACACCUCGAUGAACUGUGACAUCGACCACACCAUCCACCAGACGCUGGCCCCGGUGGUCUACGUCACGGUGCUGGUGGUGGGCUUCCCGGCCAACUGCCUGUCCCUCUACUACGGCUACCUGCAGAUCAAGGCCCGGAACGAGCUGGGCGUGUACCUGUGCAACCUGACGGUGGCCGACCUCUUCUACAUCUGCUCCCUGCCCUUCUGGCUGCAGUACGUGCUGCAGCACGACCACUGGUCCCACGACGACCUGUCCUGCCAGGUGUGCGGGAUCCUGCUCUACGAGAACAUCUACAUCAGCGUGGGCUUCCUCUGCUGCAUCUCCAUCGACCGCUACCUGGCCGUGGCCCACCCCUUCCGCUUCCACCAGUUCCGCACCUUGAAGGCCGCCGUGGGCGUCAGCGCGCUCAUCUGGGCCAAGGAGCUGCUGACCAGCGUCUACUUCCUCAUGCACGCGGAGGUGGUGGAGGACGCCGACCGGCACCGCGUCUGCUUCGAGCAUUACCCGCUGGAGCCGCGGCAGCGCGGCAUCAACUACUACCGCUUCCUCGUGGGCUUCCUCUUCCCCAUCUGCCUGCUGCUGGCCUCCUACCGGGGCAUCCUGCGGGCCGUGCGCCGCAGCCACGGGACCCAGAAGAGCCGCAAGGACCAGAUCCAGCGGCUGGUGCUCAGCACCGUGGUCAUCUUCCUGGCCUGCUUCCUGCCCUACCACGCGCUGCUGCUGGUGCGCAGCCUCUGGGAGUCCAGCUGCGACUUCGCCAAGGGCAUCUUCAACGCCUACCACUUUUCCCUGCUCCUCACCAGCUUCAACUGCGUGGCCGACCCCGUGCUCUACUGCUUCGUCAGCGAGACCACGCACAGGGACCUGGCCCGCCUCUGCGGGGCCUGCCUGGCCUUCCUCACCUGCGCCAGGACCGGCCGCGCCCGGGAGACCUACCCGCUGGGCGCCCCCGAGGCCUCUGGGAAGAGCGAGGAUCCCGAGGUCCUGACAAAGCUCCACCCGGCCUUCCAGACCCCCCACCCGCCUGGAGUGGGAGGGUCCCCCGCAGGCGGGCUGUCCUAGCCGGGUCACCCCAUCACCCACGUGCGAGGCCUGAGCCUGCUCCACGGCUGCUGCCCAUUUGGCCAAGGCAGCUGCCCCUUGCUGCUAGAGGGGCUGGGGCCGCGGGGCCCUAGGACUGGGCCAUAACACGACCUCCCUGGCUUCCAGGGAGCCUGCUGUGAUUGCCGAGUCCAACAGGGCUGCUGGCCAAGCGUGGGGAUAAGCCUCGACAGCACGUGGGGGUCAUCUGCUGCUGGUGGGAAGACCUGGUCACCUCCAGGAGGUUUUCAGAGGAGCUCAUGGGGGAACAGAGUGUGAGCCCGUGGAGAGAGGGGCCUGGGAGAUGAGGCGGGUACCGAGGUGCCCACCUGCCGGGGCCUUCCAAUGCCAGAGGUGACCCUUGUCCCAAUGCCCUGGUGUGAUCUGAGAAGAGGACGCAGGAAGGUGUGUGUCACCUUACCACUUGAGCCCCACCCCAUGGAGGUUGGAUGGGGAGAAGGAAAGUGGGGAGGGGUUGAGGCACUGAGAGUGUGUGUGGCGGGGACGGUGGGGGCGAGACAGGCAGAGGGGAGACCCCAGGUCCAGCCAACUCACAGUUUUCACGGGCAGGGAGAUUCGAGCAGAUUCUCCAUGCCCCAGCAUUGAUGCAUGACAAAUCCUAGGGCUCCGUGGGGCUCUGGGGGGUGAUGUCUAUGAUCCUUUAAAGUCAGCACUGAAGUUCAGAUGUCAGGCCAGAGGCCUAAAGCAGUGUGUUCAACCGAGUUCCCGACAGAUUGCUCCCAAUUCAACUUCUGUUGCUGUCUGCCCCAAAGUAUACAAGACCCAGAAGUCUGGGACUCUGUGUAUGUGUGUGUGUGUGUGUGUGUGUGUGUGUGUCCGUGGUUAGAAUGCCAGGUCUCCAUGACAGCUCUGCUCCGAGACACUGAGGCUCACUGAGGUCACAGGACGGCUGGUAGUAUUAGCUGCCAUGGACACAGACUAGGGUGCCUAGCAGUCUUUGAGAGGAGCAUGACAUUCUCCCCAAGUUCUUAGAUGGAGCAAAACAAACAAGAGAUGAAUUCUCUGGCAUCUUUCAGCCCAAAGGGCUGGGGUGAAGCUCCACUGUGGUUUAAAUAGCCCCUGUGACAAAGAGAGGAAAAGGCCCUGGGCUUGCCUUGCCUCCUUGGUCCUCCAUCCCCACUCCUCUGCCCAGAUGUUCCCCCUCACCCACCUGGAGAGUGACGGGAUGGCCCACUGGCUACAUGUUGUCUCUUGUUCUGUCCUAGAAGACUGGUUAGAGGGCUCCUCUCUCCUGCAGCUUCCCACCCAGUCAUGUUAAGCUCCCGCCUGGGGAAUAUACCAAGGACCAGAAGAGCAUCUUGCUACUCCAGGGAGCUGCCCACCUUUGAGAAAUGCUAGCCCUUUAGAUUUCCUGGUCAGUGGACUGGCACCAGUUCUGACUUCCCUGAGAGACCUGGAAUCUGAGCUCUUACAGCCAAGGAUCUUGGUGGGUGCAAACCUGGGGAGGGACCAGGGAUGGGAAGAUAGAAACUGGUACUAGGGGGACAUUUCUGGAAUCUGCUGAAGAGGGAUCACAGAGAACAUCUUCAGUCUCUCCUUGUGUCUCUCUUCCCCUCUCCCAGAGAUAGAUCCACCCCGAGUUUCUUAACCCUCUCUUCAGAGGCAUCCAGAGGCUGAUAGCCCAGGCUGGAUGUGCCCUAAGGAAGUGGGCUUCCAAGUCUACACUUGAUUCUGACUGUGUGUGGUCUCUGCCCUAGCUCCUUCUGGAGGUUCUUUCAUAACCUGGGGAGGUUCUCUUCCCCUUCAUAGAGGAGGAAGUGACCGGGUCUGAAGGUGGAAAAAAUGACCAUACAGCUAAGAAAAACCCAGGAUCUUAAAGAGACAAUGGCACUGGUUGAGCCCUCCAUGCCUCCUCAUUUCAAAUUUCCUCCUAUUUUGAUCUUAAACAUGGGCAUUCCCACUGGGACAAACUGGCAUGAGCUGAAGGCAGUUUCAUUUAUUAUCAAGAGUUGUAUUUUUGUAUUGUCCUUUCUUUUAUGCCAAGUAUACAUGUGUUGGACCAUGCAGUGGAUUUAUGUAGCAAACUUGAGUCUGCAAAUAAAAACCUAACCAGACACA